AUGCGGAAUAUGGCGAGUUGUUCCUCACCGAAAGGCAUCGCCGCCAUUGUCGGCGUCGGCCCCAAACUCGGCCGUUCCAUCGCCCGUAAAUUCGCCCACGAAGGAUACACCGUCGCCAUCCUCGCCCGCGACUUAGGCCAAUUAUCAAGAUUUGCUGAUGAGAUAGCUAGAGAAGAAAAGUCACAAGUUUUUGCAAUCCGAAUCGAUUGCUCGGAUUCUCGAAGUAUAAGGGAGGCGUUUGAGGGGGUCCUGUCGUUGGGUUUUGUUGAAGUCCUUGUUUACAAUGCAUAUCAACCUGUUUCAUGGCCGCCCACAAGUUUCACCGACAUUAGAGUCGAUCAUUUCGAAAAAUCCCUCGCCGUCUCCUCCGUUGGCGCCUUCCACUGCUCUCAACAGGUACUUCCAGGAAUGGUGGAGAGAGGAAGAGGGACGAUUCUCUUCACAGGAUGUUCAGCUUCUCUUAAUGGCAUCGCUGGUUACUCCCAAUUAUGUUGUGGGAAGUUUGCGAUGAGAGCCUUAUCUCAAUGCCUCGCGAGAGAGUACCAACCUAUGGGAGUACAUGUGGCUCACAUCAUCAUCGACGGCAUUGUCGGCUCACCUAGGGCGGCCGUGAGUGCAUCAAGUUGGAUACCAAAAUCAUCGUCAGUUGGGGAACAACAACAAAGCGGAGGGGACGGGAUGUUGGAUCCUGAUGCACUGGCUCAGACCUAUUGGCAAUUGCAUAUUCAAGACCAGUCGGCCUGGACCCAAGAAAUCGACGUCCGUUUCUCCUCCGGCCCCAGACUUUUCUGA